CGUCCACGUUUCGAGAGAUUACAGGGUCUGGGGAUUACGCUGUUCGGGAUUGCAUAUAUGUUCGUCCACGACGGCCUGGUACACCGAAGAUUUCCGGUGGGGCCCAUCGCCAACGUCCCCUAUUUCCGGCGAGUGGCCGCCGCUCAUCAGAUCCACCACUCGGACAAAUUUGAAGGCGUCCCCUACGGGCUUUUCAUGGGACCUAAGGUGCGUUGGCGCUCUUGUUUUCUCUGCAACUUUAAUGGAUGAAAUAU